GUCAAACGCGCAAAUACUACUCGAACACGACAUUCCAGCCGACGUUGAUGCCUUCGUGGAUGUUCCCGAGGAGCUCCCGUCCCUCACCAAGCUCACGAUCUCCUCGCCCAAACCCCACACCAUCUUGGGCCAACUCCCAAGCAUGCCAAAACUCAGUCACCUCGUCCUCCCAAGUCAGUUUGUGAGCCUGGCCGAUCUGCGUGUCAAUCAAAGCUCCCUCACAGUCAUCGAUUUGCAAGCUUGCUGCGAAUUGGAGUCGCUGGAUGACAUUCCCCCGUAUCCCAAGCUCGAGAUCCUGUACGCCCCUCGAUCGAUUCGCAGAGUCAGCGGACUGGUCGACAAGCUUCCCUCUCUCAAGUCACUGCAUUUGGAUUCAAGUAUAAGGUCAUCACAUCAUUCCCUGUUGGAUGGCAUGUUUGGCCGAUAUGCUGACUCUUUCAGACUUAGAAAGGUGAUUUCCGGGCUUCCGAAGGGAUGUCGAGUUGUGUUCAGCGAUUCGUUCGAGUACACUUUUGGCCGAUUCUUGAGGUAGCUGAGCAUGGAUCUGCUCAAUGUCAUG